AUGGCCGAUUUGGAUGAAAUUCGGAGAAUAUAUGACAUUGUGGACGAAAACGCAGAUGGAAUGGUGAGCGUGGAUGAAAUGUGUGGCUUCAUCAACAAGCUCGGAAUGGCAAUGUCGAUACAGGAUCUGAGAUGUAUGCUUAAAAAUCCUCUUCAGGAGGACCUGCCAUUUGAGGAAUUUGUGGAUUUUUAUCAAUCCAUCUUCAAUCAUCAAGAUGAUGAAGAAAAUGAUGAGUCCGAUGAUCUGAUCGAAGCAUUCAGGGUUUUUUAUCAGAACAAAGAUGGCUACAUUUCUUCCAACGAGCUUCAGAACGUGCUGUCCACGAUGGGAUUGAUUCCACGGGGACAAGAUUCGCAACAAUGCGUGAAAAUGAUAUGCAGAUUUGAUUCGGACUGCAAUGGAGUUUUGGAUUUUUCUGAAUUAAAAAAUAUGAUGUCUUCUAAGCUUUCUCCCUGA